AUGCGAAAAACAUCGAGUAAUGUGAAGCCAUAUUUAAAGCAGGUUCACUGGCUGGGCACAUGGCGGCUAUCUGAUAGGGCUUCUUGGCAGUUCUGUGGAAGUAAUAGUGAGGAUCAGAGUUCUGAUAGACUGUACCAUACUUCCAGGAAUGUACACCACAUAACUAGCAUUCAGAGUUGGGAAACAAAUCUACUACGAGCCAACCAGGAGGGACAGAUUGUUGUGGCAAACUUUACAGCAUCUUGGUCUAAUCCCUGUAAAGAUAUUGCACCUACCUAUGCUGAGCUGGCCGAUAAGUAUUCGAGCCUUUUGUUUCUGACAGUAGAUGCUGAUGGGCUUGCUGAGUUGAGUAGUUCAUGGGAUAUCAAAGCACUUCCAACAUUCUAUUUUCUGAAAGAUGGACGACAAGUAGAGAAGCUUGUUGGGGCCAACAAGUCAGAGCUACAUAAGAAGACAGCCACGAUGGCUAUGUUAUCUAAGGCUCCUCAUUGA